CGGGGCGGCAGCAUGAGAACCCUUUCGUCAUGUGGAGAGCCCAUGAGACCGUGAUCUGAUGAACUGUCAUGGACCGAAACGGUGAUCUGAUGAGUCCAGCAUGAGCUCUCGUGCUGAUGUGUUGGUUCCGCACACAGUGGCGACGUGGCGUAGCUUCAUUGCCUUCGGGGAGAUCCUAGAGUGCCCCAUCUGCAGAGAUAUACUGCACGUGCGUGUCAGACAAUGAAUGAAUGAGGCGAGGCGAGUGGUAGCAAGUAAUGCAUUUGUGCCUGUCUGGUCUGUGUUUGUGUGCAGGAUGCGUGUUGGUUCGACCCCUGCGGCCAUGCAUUCUGCCGUGAAUGCCUCACCAGACACCUUCAGGGUAUCUAUGAGCACACCUUCACUGCAUACCUGGUCUCUGUCUGACACCCAUUCUGGUCUGUCUGUCUGCAGAGAAUGCGUGGUGCCCAGUGUGCAGGGCUGUCCAUACGGGCCGGCGGCCGCUCAGCGAGAUCAGAGUGAGCAAAUGACAUCCAUCCAAUUCACUGUUGCCAUUCCAUGGCCUCCUCGGCUCAUGGUUUGCCGUCAUCCCUGUGUGCAGUCAUUCGGCACAGUGGACGACCUCGCCGCCCAGCUGCGCACCCUCAUGGCCAGCGAACAGAUGUCCGCCCUUCAGAAGCUCAUCGACCCCCUCAUGCACCCACCAGCAUCCUCAGGCGGCCCUCCUGAUGAGGCUCCUCAAGAGGAAGAGGCCAACAACAACGGCGGUGAUGCCAUGAUGGUAGACCAAGAGAAUGAGGAGGAAGAGCCACCCCACCUCGACACGGAGAUGCGGCAGCGGGCGAUCGACUCUGUGACCGACGAGGAUGUCGGCCAAGCCAUGGACGUCGAGAGGGACAACGGAGAGGGGCAGCACCACCAAUGGGCCGAGCUGCCGCCCUUCCCAUGCCAAGACGGGGACCAGCAGCACGAGUGUCCUGCUUCCGAGGCCUAUCAGCCACGGGCCAUCGACGAGCAGAGCAACGCAUCCAGCGAGGAGCCGGCGUGUGUCGUGUGCGACGGCACUGAGACGUCCGAGGGCGACGUGAUGGUGUUCUGCGAUGGCGACAACUGCAAGACGGUGGUCCACCAGCAGUGCUACGGCAUCGCCGCUGUGCCCGAGGGCAAGUGGUACUGCAACGCCUGUGUGAGGCGGCGGGCGGAGCAGGGUGUGGAUGGGAUGGACUCGGACGAGGAGCCGUUGCGCAAACGGAAGCCGCGGACGAGGCGAGACGAGCUCACCUGCGUUCUGUGCGGCAGAUCCGACCCACAAGGUGAGGUGGGCUGACGGCGAUAUAUCGACACACACGCGCAUUGCACAUGCCGUGUGUGGCUUGGUUGUGUGAUUAUGCAGGGUUCAAGCCGACGGAUGACGGUCGUUGGGUCCAUCUUCGGUGUGCGUUGUGGACUCCCGAGACUGUGGUGCUCGACACCGACCGGCAGGAGCCCGUGAGUGGCCUAGGGUCGAUCGCAAAGGGCAGGUGGCGCCUGCGGUGCUGCAUAUGCGGCGUCAAAGGGUAGGUACGCGGGGGCUGUCGUGCUCUCAAAAGGAUCUGUCCAUUUAGAGGAUGUGUCAUGUUCUGUCUGUCUGUGUGUGUGUCAGUGGCGCGCCGAUUCAGUGCGCCAACCGCGGGUGUGCGGUGGCCUUUCACGCCUUCUGCCACAAGAAAGCUGGACUGAGGAUGGAGGUCAGUGAAUGAAUGAGCAUCAGAAACGGCCAGCCACUUCACCUCACCACCCCUUUCUCUCUCUGUGUGUGAGUGCAGCUCAAGGACUGCGGCGACAGCGUGCUCCGCCGUGCCUGGUGCCCACACCACUCACAAAUAUCCCCCUCCCCCACGGGCUCGUGCCACUCGCCCACCAGCGCCCCAGGACCAGCAUCCACCCGACAGCCACACGUCGACCGCAAUGGCCCAAUGAGGGCGAGCGACGGUGCGGCCGACCGGCGGCAUGGGACCAGUUCUGGUGGCGCUAGCAGCAGUGGGGGUGAGGGUGGGGGCCGUGUUUGGCGGGGGCGGCCGAGGGGUGAGGUGGUGCUCCUGGGAUCAUCCCUGUCGAACCAACAGCAGGUGAGAAAAGGACCUGGUCCUCCAAGCAUCGAUGGAUUAGUCGUGCGCAUAUGUGUGGGGGUGUGCGUGUCACGUCACAGAGUGUGUUGGAUCGGUUUGCUGACCGUAGCGGCUGCCGUGUGGUCCCGUCAUAUUCGCCAGAGGUCACGCACCUCAUCGUGCGAUCGAAGUAGGCACAAUGAGGCACUAUUCACCCGCCACCAAGUGCGCCCAUUCCCCAGCUGGAUGUAUUUCUGUCUGUGUGCAGGGAGUGCCGGCGAACGGUCAAGUUCCUCAAAGCCCUUCUCACUGGCAAAUGGAUCCUCGCAUUCGACUGUGAGUCACCCAAAUACUCACCCACACAACCACCGCUCUGCAUGUGUGUGUGUGUGUGUGUGUGUGUGCAGGGGUGUCCCGGUGUUUGUCUGGCAAUCGUUGGCUGUCUGAGGACGGCUAUGAGGUGUCCAAAGACAUGACCACCGGCGCACCCAUACCGCCCAGGAGACAACGCACACACGACACGGUGGGUGGGUGCGGAUGACACAUUGACGGCAGGCAGGUGUCACGUCGCGGCAUUCAAUGCUUCAUGUGCCUUGUGUGUCCUCAGAUGGGGAGGCUGUUUGGCGGUCUGCGUUUCUACUUCCUCGGCACCUUCACCGACCCCCUGCCAACCGCAUCAGAGUGAGCAAAUGAGUGGGCACCACACCAACACCAAGUCAAUGCAGCACAUCCCUCCCUCCCUGUCUGUGUGUCAGGGUGAAGGAUCUGCUGGAGCUGGGUGGCGGGUGUGUGGUCACCACAUCGCCCCAGAGCCUCACCAGGGCCACCCCACUGCCACACCCAUCACAGUGGGACGAGGCCGGUGGGGGUGAUAGCCCAGACGGUGGGCAGGGACAGCAGCUCAUGGUGGUGGUGGCUGGGGAUGCACACGACCCACACAGGCCCAACGUGUCGUUUCGUUGGGUCUGUGACUGCGUUUCGCAUGGAAAGCUGCAGCCACCCACUCGAUAGAUAGACGAGCGGCUGCAGCCAAGACAGACAGACAGACAGACAGAUAGCCAGACAGACGGACGACAAACACUGUGCGCAUGUUGUGCAUGUGUGUGUGUAUGUGAG